CUCCUCCAGUCAGCUGGCGGCAGCGGUGACGUCAGGGGUCCCGGUCGCCGCUGGCGCGCGUGCGGCGCGGGGAGGGCCGCCGGGGAGGGGGGACGAGAUGAAGCGUUUCCGGGCGGGGCGGGCAGGAGGGAAGGGGGGGCGCCCCCAAAGAUGGCGGACCAGAUACCGCUGCACCCGGUGCCGCGCAGCACCCAGCGCAGAGCGGCCUAUUACACCAGCGCCCCCGCGGCGCAGCGGCACAAUAGGAAACCAUACUUUUGUCAAGAUAGUUGUCUUCAUACCUGAUUUAAUAGGACCCAUGCUGUACCAAGUGGAAGAUGAGUCCUCUCAUUUGGAUGAAAUGCCACUAAUGAUGUCAGAAGAAGGCUUUGAAAAUGAUGAGAGUGAUUACCACACUCUACCAAGAGCCAGAAUUUCUCAGAGAAAGAGAGGCUUAGAAUGGUUUAUCUGUGGUGGCUGGAAAUUCCUUUGCACUAGUUGCUCUGAUUGGCUCAUAAACAUUUGCCGAAGAAAGAAAGAGCUGAAGGCUCGCACGGUGUGGCUCGGGUGUCCUGAAAAGUGUGAAGAAAAAUAUCCCAAAAAUGCCAUAAAAAAUCAAAAAUACAACAUCUUUACCUUUAUACCUGGGGUUUUAUAUGAACAGUUCAAGUUUUUCUUGAAUCUCUAUUUUCUCGUCGUGUCCUGCUCACAGUUUGUACCAGCAUUGAAAAUAGGCUACCUGUACACGUACUGGGCUCCUCUGGGGUUUGUUUUGACGGUCACAGUGGUACGGGAAGCUGUUGAUGAAUUUCGACGUUACAAGAGAGACAAGGAAAUGAACUCACAAUUAUAUAGCAAGCUGACAGUACGAGGUAAAGUGCAAGUUAAGAGUUCAGACAUACAAGUUGGAGACCUCAUCAUAGUGGAAAAGAAUCAACGAAUCCCAUCUGACAUGGUGUUUCUCAGAACGUCGGAAAAAACUGGUUCAUGUUUCAUUCGAACUGACCAGCUCGAUGGAGAAACAGACUGGAAACUAAAGGUUGCUGUCAGCUGUACACAGAGAUUGCCAGCUUUGGGGGAUCUUUUUUCAAUCAAUGCUUAUGUUUAUGCUCAGAAGCCACAGCUGGAUAUUCACAGUUUUGAGGGUACCUUCACGCGGGAAGACAGUGAUCCAGCAGUUCAUGAAAGCCUUAGCAUAGAAAAUACGUUAUGGGCAAGCACUGUUGUUGCUUCAGGAACUGUAAUUGGUGUUGUCAUUUACACAGGGAAAGAGACUCGAAGUGUAAUGAACACAUCCAAUCCAAAAAACAAGGUUGGCUUACUGGACCUGGAACUGAAUCAGCUGACCAAAGCCCUAUUUUUGGCGUUAGUUGCACUCUCAAUUGUUAUGGUAACCUUGCAAGGAUUUGUAGGCCCGUGGUAUCGCAACCUUUUCCGGUUCCUCCUCCUGUUUUCUUAUAUCAUCCCUAUCAGUUUACGUGUGAACUUGGACAUGGGUAAGGCAGCCUAUGGGUGGAUGAUUAUGAAAGAUGACAAUAUUCCUGGAACAGUUGUUCGAACUAGCACCAUACCAGAAGAGUUGGGACGAUUAGUUUAUUUACUAACGGAUAAAACAGGAACACUUACACAGAACGAGAUGAUAUUUAAGCGCCUCCACCUAGGUACUGUGUCGUAUGGAACAGACACAAUGGAUGAAAUUCAGAGUCAUAUUAUAAAUUCUUAUUCACAGAUGCACUCUCAGAACAGUGGAAACAGUACGAGUUCAACACCGUCUAGAAAACCUCAGUCUUCUGCACCUAAAGUCCGCAAGAGUGUCAGCAGCCGAAUACAUGAAGCAGUGAAAGCUAUUGCAUUGUGCCACAAUGUGACCCCAGUAUAUGAAUCUCGUGCUGGUGUGUCUGGAGAAACAGAAUACGCGGAAGUGGAUCAGGAUUUCAGCGAUGAAAAUCGUACUUACCAGGCUUCCAGCCCUGAUGAGGUAGCUCUGGUACAAUGGACAGAGAGCGUUGGUCUUACGCUAGUUAACAGAGACUUGACCUCAGUGCAGCUGAAGACCCCUGGUGGACACAUUCUGACAUACUAUAUUCUGCAAAUUUUCCCCUUCACUUCUGAGAGCAAGCGUAUGGGGAUCAUAGUUAGGGAUGAAUCUUCAGGAGAAAUUACAUUUUACAUGAAAGGUGCAGAUGUUGCAAUGUCCACUAUUGUACAGUACAAUGAUUGGUUAGAAGAAGAGUGUGGUAAUAUGGCACGAGAAGGACUGCGUACUCUGGUUGUUGCCAAAAAAUCACUGACUGAAGAACAGUAUCAAGAUUUUGAGAGUCGAUAUAACCAAGCCAAGUUAAGUAUACAUGACAGAACCCUGAAGGUUGCUGCUGUUGUAGAGAGUCUGGAGCGUGAAAUGGAGUUGCUAUGUCUCACUGGAGUAGAAGAUCAACUGCAAGCAGAUGUUAGACCAACUCUAGAGAUGUUAAGAAAUGCUGGAAUAAAGAUAUGGAUGUUAACAGGAGAUAAACUGGAGACAGCAACUUGCAUUGCAAAAAGUUCUCACUUAGUGUCUAGGACUCAAGAUAUCCAUAUUUUCAGACCUGUUACCACUCGAGGAGAGGCUCACUUAGAACUAAAUGCCUUUAGAAGGAAGCAUGACUGUGCCUUGGUGAUAUCUGGGGACUCACUUGAGGUUUGUCUGAAGUACUAUGAACAUGAAUUUGUAGAGUUGGCCUGUCAGUGCCCUGCUGUAGUGUGCUGCCGAUGUUCUCCCACCCAAAAAGCCCAUAUUGUGAAGCUCCUCCAGCACCACACUGGAAAACGCACAUGUGCAAUAGGUGAUGGGGGAAAUGAUGUCAGCAUGAUCCAAGCAGCCGACUGUGGAAUUGGAAUUGAAGGCAAGGAGGGAAAACAAGCCUCCCUAGCAGCUGACUUUUCUAUCACGCAAUUUAAACACAUAGGUAGGCUGCUCAUGGUACAUGGUCGAAACAGUUACAAAAGAUCAGCAGCACUUGGUCAAUUUGUCAUGCACCGAGGCCUUAUUAUUUCAACUAUGCAGGCUGUAUUUUCAUCAGUCUUCUAUUUUGCAUCUGUUCCCUUGUACCAAGGAUUCCUAAUGGUAGGGUAUGCAACCAUAUAUACUAUGUUUCCAGUCUUCUCUCUAGUAUUGGAUCAGGAUGUGAAACCAGAAAUGGCGUUGCUAUAUCCAGAACUUUAUAAGGAUCUCACGAAGGGAAGAUCUUUGUCGUUUAAGACCUUCCUCGUCUGGGUUUUAAUCAGUAUUUACCAAGGUGGUAUUCUGAUGUAUGGAGCCCUGCUGCUUUUUGAAUCUGAAUUCGUACAUGUUGUUGCCAUUUCUUUCACUGCCCUAAUCUUGACUGAGCUCUUGAUGGUUGCACUGACCAUACGAACAUGGCACUGGUUAAUGGUGGUGGCUGAAUUCCUCAGUCUUGGCUGCUAUGUGGCCUCUCUUGCAUUUCUAAAUGAAUACUUUGGUAUAGGCAGAGUGUCUUUUGGAGCUUUCUUAGAUGUUGCCUUUAUCACAACUGUGACCUUCCUGUGGAAAGUGUCAGCAAUCACUGUUGUAAGCUGUCUUCCACUUUACAUUCUCAAGUACUUGAAGCGCAAAUUUUCUCCUCCGAGUUACUCCAAGCUUACCUCGUAAAAGUGAACAUAUUCCUAUGGUUUUUCACACAUGCCAGUCUGCGUAUUGCACAUUCACUGUGCUUUUGUGUCUAUAGAUUUAUGAUGGACUAACAAAAUAAAAGUCAAAAGUAAUAGAGUGAAUGGAGCACAAAAAGAGGAAACAGCUGACAGAUACUAUAACAGAGAAGUACACUAAUAAGACUACCAGAAAUAAACUAAAUUUUCUUUCUUCUUUUUUUUUAACUUUCAAUCGCUAUGAUUAUAAAAUAAAACUGAAUUUUCUUUGAGUUGACAAUGCUUCUGAAUGAUUUCAUUGCUACUGUAAAGGAAUUUUUCCUAUUGCACUAAUCUUCCGCAAGCUGAAUUGAAAGCUUCUUUAAUUAUUACAUAACUUCCUAAUGAAUUCAAGUCCUUUCCUUUAAUGUUUAUAUAUAGAAAAAUUCAUUCCUUCCUACUUACUGUAAUAAACCUAGUAGCUGUAAAUGCCAUUGUCUGUAUUAGCUGCUAAAUAUUAUUCAUCAUCAGACAUUGAUUAAUAAGCACUAUUUGAAUUAUGUACAGAUGUCUGCAUAGCACAGUAUUACUUCAGGAGCUGUUGUCCUUUUCUGUACUCUCCAUUUCUGGCAUCAGUAAAUAUAACAGAUCUGUGAUGUUGACAGCAGUUCUUUAAGUGCACAUUAAAGCCAGGUUGCACAAAAUCUGUUCAAAAAUUAAAUGGUAAAAAAAUUCUGUACAUAAUUCCACUGCACUUACUGAUUUGUACAGAAUAUCAAAGACAUGGCUGCUCACUAAAUAUGUUUAGAAAUUAUUAUUCAUUUUGUAUUUGUAAAACUGCAAAUAGUGUCAGAGUACAUUUCUAUAUAUCAGAAGUCCAGUAAAUCUUGUAUUAAUUAAUAUGUUUAAAUUGCCUUGUAAUCUGUUUACUUAGGUUACUCAGGUAAAAGGAAAUGAGGUGAACACAGGAGCAUUAUGGUAGGGGAAUCUAUCAUCAUCUAAGUUGUAAAUGUUAUGUUUUUAUAAUUCAGUUUGUCAAGUAUAAACUUGCUUAAAAGAUAUCAAAUGGUUUUUGCUUGUUGUAAACUGUCAGAGCUAGGUGUCUUCACUGAGUUAUAACUUUACAACAGUUGAAGAUUUGUCCCAGAAAGUUCUCCGAUCUGAUACAGUCUGAAGGGUCCAAAUCUUACGUACUGUACUGGGAUAAAGGAGAUAUUACUUUAAUUUUCCAUUCUGAUAUAAAUUUGCUUUCUCAAGAAGUACAUAUAACAAAUUUGGAAGCAUAAUUAUCCAUGCUUUAUUUAUUAAAUAUUUAUGUAUGUGUUUUUAAACAGUUAAUACGGAUUUCAUUUUUAAGUUUGACUGUAUGCCUUUACAGCAUAAUUCUUGUUUAGUCUCUUAUGACUUUGCCCUUAUACCCUUAUUAUAUUGGAUGAGUGAUAAUGGCAAACAUAACUACUUCCUGGGAGAGCAGAGGGAAUUGCUGUGGAGCUAUUUGGACUACACUCCACUCCAUCAAUUUUGUUUUGAAAGUCUUACUAGCUAUUUAUCUGCUUUUUAUUUUUAAAAUUUUCAUUCCUCAUUAUAAAAGCAAUAAAGCCUAAUUUCUAUGAAAUAUUAUUAAUGGCACAUGUAUUAAACUAGUAGUGUUUCUUUUAAUUGCUUAACAUUGCAAUCAUGAGACCAGUUUGCUCUGUCCCUCUGCAAGCUCUCUUCUGUAAAAUCCCCACAAGAUGUCACUAUUCUUUUGUACUAGCAGAAGCCUUUCUUCAUUUUAGGUAGCUUUUGCAAGGUAUUGUUGGUUUAUAUUUUUCAUUUAAUACUAUGAUCUCCUUUGUUGCUGGUUUGCCUUAAUUUUCUGUUUUUCCCAAUAGGUGGUAAUUUCUUUGGACCAAUUAAGGUACUUAAGAGGCAGUCUAAGAAAAGUCAACAGUGUGCAGUUCUGAGAUGUUGAUGAAGUUUUCUUCAGGCCUUUUUGUCUUACUGGCUGUGAGCUCACAACUGUAUGUGUGAGAUUCAGUGGUUAAGCAAGAGUUUAGAGAACUGGUCAUCCUUCAUCUAAACAUUCAACAUUAGCGAGAAAAUGAGAAAUAUCAGAACUUAAACUAGCAGUAUGAAAGAGAUAGUAAUAUCUUAAUACAGCUGUAUGAGACAGUCAUAUCCAUGUGUACAGAAUUUAUAGUGUACUUACUAAUCUUCAGCAUUAAAACUGUGAGGUUAUUGUGACAGCAAAUGCAUAGAUCCUACACACAGAUAUAAGGCUUUCAGAAAUGGGGUUGAUUCUCUAGAGUGCCUGCUUGCUUAGAGCAUUUUCAGUAUACAGCAAAGGUCUAGUUUCAGCUAGCACUUUAUUUUGAACACUGUGCAGAAGUCUGACUCAGGUGACUUACCUUGCUUUUGAGGUUCAGUCAGUGCAAAACUAUCUGUACCAGGAGAGUUUGGUUUAUAUUCAUUCAUGUCACUCAGCCACAGCCCCAUAAUGGGGUAGCAUUACCUUACCACAGUGGUUUACAGGUAGCAGUAUCAACACCGAUUUUAAGCAUUGUAAUAUGAUAUCUUUGAGUAGAAAGCUUUAAUGUAUCAUGGAUUUCAGUACAAAGCAAAUUAAGUACCAUCACAAUGCCUGGCUCUCCAAAGAGAAUAGAAUGGUAACAGGUCUGGUCUGCAGGUGAAUAAAUCAUUUCUUGAGAAUCGCAUUCUGUUGUCAGUUUACAUCAGUAUUUAUCAGGAAUAAGUCUGUAGAACCAUAUCAGCAUACAUAAACAGAGAUUUAAGCCUUGAAUCUGCAGGUUACACCCAUAAGGACCUUAGUUUUAUUUGGUAUUAAAUAAAUGUUUACUUUUGUGAGCUGCUAUAUCCUUUCUUGUUGUUGUUGGAAUCAUCAAUUUGAAAACAUUUAGAAAACAGUUUCAGAAUUGGGAUAGGAAGAGCAAGAUGUGAACAGGAAAUACUGCUUCACUGAAAUAACAUGUUUGAAAAUAUCAAUCUGUUUAGACCGUGUUAAUGAGCUUAUGAGCUAAACCUUGUCUGGACUUCCUGUGUAUUUUGUUGGGAGGACACAGGAGGAAAGAAGAGAUCCUGCAAACAUGAGUACUGAUAAUUAUAUCCCAUUUUUUCUGACACUAUUCUAACUGAUGUGUUCAUGUAACUGCUGGAAAACAUUUCACUGAAGGGAGUAUUAGUUUGCAAAUGGAAGCCAAAAAUGGAGGCCUUGCAUAUUUGACAUUAAAUCUGUGGCACUUUUCCAUGA